AUGGUUUUAUGGUUUGAGCUUAAUGUCAUAAGAUAUAAAAUAAAUCAUGCCUUUUUAAAAAAUGAAAAGAUAUUAGUUAAAUAUUAUCAAACAGGAAAGAAAAGAUUUGGUGAAUUAUACCAACCUAGGACGAGACAUGAAAAAAAAUAUCAUUUAGAUAUCCUUGAUGAAGUAUAUUUUGAUAUGACUGAAGCUAUAGAAGAAAAAAAUAAAUUAGAGAGAGAAGAAUAUAAUAACAUUGAUAAAAAUAUUUCAGAUAUCAUUUUAAAUUAUAAUAUUACUAAAAAAAAUGAGAUAAUUAAAAGUUUAAUGAGAUAUAGUAUUGAAAUAAAAAAAAAUAAUAAUAAUAAUAAAAACAAAACACACAACAUAACAAACAAGGACAAUCAUAUAAAUAAUAAUAUAAAUAAUAUAAAUAAUAAUAAUAUAAAUAAUAAUAAUAUAAAUAAUAUAAAUAAUAAUAAUAAUACGUAUCAGAAUCAACUUAAUUGUUCUAAUAAUAACAAAUGUGAUAAUGAGAAUUAUUUAUUUCAUUCAAUUAAAAAUAAUAUAAAAGUAUAUAGCCAUCAUUUCAAUACCUGCGAAAUAGGUAUCAUUUUGAAAUGCUUUCUUAAAAUAAAUAUUAAUGAUAUAGAUAUUAUUAAUUUAUUAUUACAUCAAUAUUUUAAAAGAAAUAUGAAAUUUUCUAUUUAUGGUUCUUUAUAUGUCUUGAAUUUCUUUUCAAAAUGUUCAUCUCUAUUAUUACCAUAUAAUAUAAAUAAUUUAAAACUAUUAUGUUCAGAUAUAUUAAAAAAAAUAGAACUUUUUGAUUUUAAAAAUAUUUGUAUAAUAUCUAAUUAUGCCUCUUCUUUAUAUAUACCAACGAAUAAAAUGUUUAUUCAUAAUUUUAUUGAAAAGAUUUGUAAUUAUUUAUUAAAUGAAAGAAAAGAAAAUUUUUCUUCUUCUGCAGAUUCUAUUCAUUAUGUAUGUAAUGCAUGUGCAAGAGUUCAUUUUUUUAAUAAAGAAAUAUUUAAUUUCUUAAAAAUAGAAAUAGAAAAAAAUAUCUCUUCAUUUUCAUUAGAUCAAUUAGUAUCUUUAAGUAAUGCAUAUAGUAAAUUUAAAAAUGCGGAACAAUCUAAUUAUUUAUCUUUAUUCUUAUUAUUAGCAGAUCAUAUUAUAAAAAAAUCAUAUCUAUUAACACCUAGACAUCUAAGUGUCCUUGCUAAUUCUUUUAAUAAUGCUUGUAUAUUACAUGAAAAAUUAUUUUAUAUUAUUACACAAGAAAGUCUUAACCAUAUCAAUUCUUUUCAGCCUCAACAAUUGGUUAUGAUUAUACAUGCAUAUGUUAAUAUUGGAUUAAUAAAUAAUAAAUUACUAAACAAUAUAUGGCAAAAUGCUUCUCAAUUUAUGAAGGAAUAUACACUUCAAGAAUUAUCUAUGCUUAUUCAGGCAUAUACAAAAAGUUCUCAACAUAUGGAUUCAUUUUUUAAUAACCUUUGUCAUACUAUAUAUAAUUCUAUAAUAACAAAAUAUCCAUUUCUAGAAGACAAAAAAAUGAACAAUAAGGAGAAAAAUGAAAAUAAUUAUAUAGAUAAUAAUAAUGUACACAAUAAUUCUUUAGAUAAUGCCCUUUUUGAUAAUAUUUAUAAUUCUCAUCACUAUCAAUACAAUAAAUAUAUGAACUACAUACAUAUUUUAAAUGAAUAUAAAUAUAACGACGUUUCAUAUAACACAUUUGAUGAUAAAACGUUAAAACAAGCAGAACUUAUUUUUUAUGUUAUAUAUAAUAACAACAACCACAACGAAUUUGUUCAAAAAUAUAAAAAUAAUGUAUUAGAACAAAAAAAAGAAAAAGAUCAUAUAAAUUUGACUGAUGUUGAAAAGAAUGAAGACACAACGGAACAAAAAAAAAAAAAUAAUGUUAAUGAUUCGUGUGAAUUUUUAUUACAAUAUGAGCAAAAUGAAACAAUAGAUAAAAAUAAUAAUAUAUUUUUACAUAAUAAUAAUAUACAUAUUAACAGUAAAUUUUAUGAUAAGAAUUAUAUUAAUAUACAUCAAAAUACAUAUCAAGAGAUACAUAAAUUUGAAAUGUGGCUAAAAAAAUAUUUCAGCCAACAUAUCAAUCCUACAUUAUUAUGUUCAAUUAUAUAUUCUCUUAUUAAAGGUAAUUGUUUAUUACAAUAUGAUCUAUUAAUAGUAUUAUCAAAAUUAUCUAUAAUCUUUUUAGAAGAAUUUAAAUAUUCAGAGUUAGCAAAUAUUUGUGUAGCGCUAUCCGAAGCAUAUAUACGUGCUUCAGAUGAAAACAAUAAACAAAAUGAUUUAAUUAGCAUAUAUCAAAAAGAGGAUUAUACACAUAUAUAUAAUGAAAAAUUAUAUAAUGGUCAUCAAAUAUUUUCUAAUAAAAAUAUUAUGAAAUAUGAUAAGAAAUUAUAUUAUUCAUCAAAAGAAUAUUUAUUUAUAUCUAAAUUAUUUUUUGAUAAACUUGAAAUUUAUUUAAAUAAACAAACACAAUUAUUUACUGAUAUACAUAGUAUAUAUAAAUUCAUAACAUCAUUCGGCUCAUUAAAAAUAAACAAGUAUGCUACAAUAUCGUUGCAUUUGUUUAAUCUAUCCAUUUUUGAGAUAAAAAAAUUAUCAUAUCUUCCCCUCCAAAAAAUGGCUAACGCUUUCAUGCAAAUGAAUGUCUAUAAUGAAGAUGUCUAUGCAUUUAUUAAUAAACUACAAAAAAUGAAGAAAAUAAAAAAAUGA